UCCACACCCCCGAGAAACUUUUUGCGGCUUUCUAUUGCUCUGAAGGAGACCCGCGAGGCGCUGCGCAGGGAGGGGCGCGGCCGAGUCCGCGAGGACGCUGCCAUGGCUGCGAAGGCCGGCGGGCGGGCGGCGCUGGGGAGCGGCCGUUGCUGCCGCCGCUGGGCUCUGUCUGGCGCCGAACGGCGGUUGAGCGCCUGCCUGUGAGGAGAUCCACGCACCCAGCCCCGAGGAAAGAAGGGCGAGCAGUGCCGGGAUGGCGGAGCCCCCGGAGGCGGAGGCGCUGCGGGAGAAGGUGGCUGCCCUGGAGGCGGAGUUGGAGGCCUGCCGGAGCCGCCUGGAACGAGAGAAGAAGCUGCGCCUCAAAGCCCAGGCCGGCGCGGCCAAGUUGCGGAGAGAGGUUGAAGUACUCAGUAAGGAGAUCAGUGGUAUACAAAGUGAGAAGGCAACAUCCAGUAUAGAAGUGCAAACUGAAGAAUAUGAUGCAUGGUCACAUGCAGAUUAUUACUAUUAUAGCUAUUAUAACUCUGAGCCUCAACCUGAUUUAUCUAGAGUACCUGUACAGCCAAAUAGUGAUAAUGAAGGCUCAAACUCUAAUUGUACAGAGCAGUUACCGUUAAGUGAUCAUUUGGAUGCUAUCGGCACAACACAGAAUGAACAUGAGGUGCAGGAUAAUGUAAUCCAUGAUGAGCAAGAAUCAGAGGAUACUUUAUUAACAGAUGGUACCUUAGCAGAAAGUUUGAGGGCUGCGGCAGAAGCUGCUGUAUCACAAACAGGCUUUAUCUAUGAUGAAGGCACUGGAUUAUAUUAUGAUCACAGCACUGGAUUUUACUAUAACUCGGAAACCCAGCUUUAUUAUGAUCCAACCACUGGAAUUUAUUAUUACUGUGAUGUUGAAAGUGGCCGCUAUCAGUUCCAUUCGCGAGUUGAUUUACAGUCUUAUGAAACAUCAGCUAUACAGCAGAGCAAAGACAAAAAAAGCAAAAAGAAGAGAAGAGAUGCUGAAUGGUCUAAGGCAAAUGAGCGCAAGGAUACAGAUGAGCAAAAAUCAUCCAGCACUCUGAAUUACCUUUCAACCUCUAAUGAACUAAGUUCUCCAGAAGAGGAGGAAUUUCCAAAUAUGAAAAAGGCUAAAGUGGACACUGGUACAAGAAACAGCCAAGCAUCCAAUGAACCAAGUACCACAAAUGGCACCAAUUUAAAUCUUACCAAAAAGAUCAAACAAUGCUCUGCUCUUCUUAUGGACGAUAGUAAGACAGAGUCGGAGAGUGAGCCAGAAGAAGGGGAAAUUACGGAUUCUGAACAGGAGGAUUAUAGUAGUGGAGAUGAAGUAACAAGCGAAGCAACUGUAGAUUCAGAAGAAACUGACAGUGAAGAUGGAGACAAGAUCUGGCCACCUUGCAUUAGAGUGACUGUAAUUAGAUCACCAGUUCUCCAAAUGGGAUCUCUGUAUAUCAUUACAGCUGUAAAGCCUGCCACUAUUGGAAGAGAGAAGGGUAUGGAACACACGCUGCAGAUUCCAGAAGUUGGAGUUAGUAAGUUUCAUGCAGAAGUGUACUUUGAUCACGAAUUGCAAAAUUAUGUUCUUGUGGAUCAAGGCAGUCAGAAUGGUACUGUGGUUAAUGGAAAUCAAAUACUUCAGCCUAAAGCAAAAAGUGAUCCUUAUCUUCUGGAACAUGGUGAUGAAGUGAAGAUUGGAGAAACUGUACUGUCCUUCCAUAUACACCCUGGCAGUGAAACUUGUGAUGGAUGUGAACCUGGGCAAGUCAGAGCCCAUCUUCGCCUUGAUAAGAAAAGUGAAUCUUCCAUUUGCCCUGCACUGACUAAAGAAGAGAAAGAGUUAAAUAGAAGAAAAGCAUUAAAACAAAUACGUGUAAAAUACGGUUUACAGAAUGCAGAAUAUGAAAAUGAUAAUGUGGUAAAAAAUCCGAAGUACAAAGACAGAGCAGGAAAGCGCCGAGAAAUGGUUGGAAGUGAAGGAACUUUUCAUAGGGAUGAUGCACCAGCUUCUGUACAUGUUGAAAUUAGUGACAGCAACAAAGGUCAUAAAAUGUUGGAGAAAAUGGGAUGGAAGAAAGGUGAAGGACUUGGAAAGAGUGGUGGCGGAAUGAAAGAUCCGAUCGCACUACAGCUGCACAGAAAGCACGUGGGCCUGGGUGCAAGUACUCCCAUCUCAGCAGAAAAUGUUCAGACUGUCAACAUGAAGAACAAGAGGAACUGGGAAAAAGCAAGAGAGAGAUUUGCUGAAAAUUUCCAAGACUCUAAAACACAGAAAAAUGUAUCAAAAAAUCUGCCUUGGGUCAGAGAAACUGCAGAAUGAAAUUGUUCAAUUUAGAUUACUAAGAUGUUUUAAUAGAUGGGUUUUAAUUUGUGCUAAAAUGGGAGUUGGAUUGUACAGCAUAUUUCAAAGUAUGCUGACUAGACUGACUGAUUGUAGCUCAUCGUUUGGUUUACAUGCUUUUAUUUUUUUUGAAAAGCACACUUUUAAACAGGAUGCCCUAUGAAUUAAAAUAGGUCAGAUCUUGACUGAGGGCACGUGUGUUUAAUAUUGGAAAGAGGAUGACUUAAGAAUCAUUUUAUUUGUUCUGUGACUUAUUAUCCAGCAGGUCAGUGAGUUGAAAUAUUAAUGCCUAUGUUUAGACUUAUGCCUUUAUAUGAACUGAUGCAAAAAAAUUGCUGCGUAUGUAUGAACUUGUAACAUUUUUAGCAAGAGAAGCAUCUCUAGAUGUGAUAUUGCUAUGCCUCAUCUAAUUCCUAUUAAUAAUUGCCAAUAUUUUCUAACAGUUUGUUAGACAACUAUCCUUUUUUAAAUGGAGUACCAAUUUAUUUUUUGUGAAGAUCAGUUGGCAGUAACAAAUUACUUUCUUCCGUGAAGAACUUUAGUGUUGUAUAGGAGACACUUGUAGCACACACUGAAGUAGCAUGUUCAGAAACUGCUGUGAUAUUCAAAGCUGUUCCACACACGAAGAAUUAUGUGAUACUGCCCUCCCACUUCAGAAUCCUAUGAUUGAGUGGUCCUUUGUGGAAAGCUGGCAUGUAAGAGGAAAUCAAGCCUCAUUGUAGUCAAUAGUGGUAAUUGUCAUUAGUGGGAAUAUUGUACAUGCUUGGGGAAAGCAGCAUUCAUUCAUGGAUCCCUGUAUUCUGAAGUGAUAUACUCCAGGAGUGUAUCACUUAAGUGAUAUACUCCAGGAGAUCUGUACCACAUGCUAAUUCUUAAGGUGUAGCAGCCUUAGGAUGUAAACUGCCACCUAUCGUCUCCAUCUUUAAGCCACUUUACAGGCCUUCUUGAAAUCUGUGGCACUGUUCAGUGGAUUAAAGAUUUUGUUGAAUUAGAAUUAUUUAUCACCCUGUUGGGACCGUUCUGUAUCCAUUGCUGGCAAUGGAGUGUAAGGCAGGAAUCUUGAUGGUUCUUUUUCUGCUUUAGGGCAGAUGCCAAACAUGUGAUAUUUAUUGAAAUAUUAAUAAAGACAAUACUUUCAACUUA